AUGACAAUAAGAAUUCAAGGGACGCGGAGGAGUGGCAGUGCUUCUCAGUGGUCCUGUUUGGCAACACCAUCGGAAUCUGAGACAAGUACGACAAGCGUCCAGCCCAACUUUUGUGCGACCCAGAGCAUGUCUUUGAAAUUUUGUGGUUAUGGAUCAAUCCUCGAAAGACUUCUAGUCGACUGGUCACCAGACGAUUCAACGUCACAGCUUUUAGAAGUUGACUCCGCCAUCGCUCGUUUGUCGGAACGAUCGCGCGAGCUACGAGAACAAAUCAAUGCUAAAACCCCCUUCUUGUCCCUCCCUGCAGAAAUUAUUUCCGAGAUCUCAAUGAUGGCUUGUACUCCUGUUUACACGGCCAGUGAGCCGGAUGAUUUCGUGGUGUCUAGGCAGCUUACAACACCAUUUAACUUGGGCAAGACUUGCCGAACUUGGCGACACACAGUUUGGGCCUCUCCUCGGUGUUGGAAUAGCAUCUUUCUUGAGCUUCGGAGGAAUGCAGAGACAUAUCAACUUCAAGUGGCACUGCUAGAGGGCUGGCUAUCCCGCUCCGGAGAUCUUCCUCUCUGCAUACACCUCGAAUUGGAGGACGAACCACAACAAUGGACGCGAAACCCUCCAACGGAGGUGUUCGACCUUCUUGCAAGAUACUCCCAUCGUUGGCUACAUGUCAGCACGUUCCUUGUAGAUCCUUGUUGGAAGCAACUUGAAAAGUUUUCCCUUCCUCGGUUGACAUCGCUUGCUGUGCAUCCUCCAAUGAUCGGGCAAGAUGCAGGGUCUAAGGCCAACUGGCGAAUUUCGGAUGCGCCACUGCUUCGAAACGCAUGUAUCACAUCGUUCAGAAAUGAAAUAGCACUCCCAACGCAUCAACUCACUCAAAUCACCUUGCAGUUCAUGGAUUGGCAAGAUUGCCUGUCCAUUCUAUCAGAAUGCGCAACAAAGCUUGUACAUUGUGCCCUCGAUGAAUUGAAACCAGGACCUGUUCACAGUACAUCUCCGGCCGCCUUUACACUUCCCCGCUUGUCAAGCUUUAGCGCACGAUGCGCGUAUUCAAACAUACAUAAUCCGGUUUUGAGACUUUUGGACUGCAUCACGGCCCCUGUUCUUUCUCGGAUGCAGCUUGGAUCGGACGCGGAGCCUUCAACAGCUAUACGGGCUUUCCUCUCUCGAUCCUCAUGCGUACUCCGUGAGCUUUCACUCAAUACGCGGUAUAUGCAGCAGAACGAGCCUUCGCUGAUCGCUCUACUUGCGGAUGCGGAGAAGUUAGAGAACCUAGAACUGAUUUGCCAAAAGGAAGGUAUAUCUGAUCUCAUUCUCAAUCAUCUAAACCCAGCGAGGAAGCAACAGCCGGCAGCUCAGGUUCUCUUGCCCAACCUUCGCUACUUUCAUUACAUCGGGCUGAUGGGAUUCGAGCUUGGAACUCUUGUGGAUAUGAUCGACAUGCGAUAUCGCAUGGCGGAGGACAGUGGGAAAACUUUAGGAUUGCGAUCUGAGGGAGACCAUAAUCGUGUCGCGAAACCGACGGUGUUCAAUAUCAAUAUCUUGAAGGUAGUUCCCAGCAAGCGCGCCUCGCUUUCUGCUUCUGCGGAAACGUUGCGAAGACUUAGAAAAGAGCAUGCUGGCGUAACAUUGUCUUUCUCAGAUGAGAUGAGCAGGGCAAGAGUAUAUACAUAG